GGGCAGGGUGACUCUCAGUAGGUCAACCCCUCUCCUCUCUGUCGGCCUCUCUCUUUCUGUCCCACUUGCUCAGCAGUUAACCAGCUUAAGCUCUGAAACUUUGACUCAAGAAUUUCCUGGAAACAAACUGAAACCGUGCAGAAUUUUGAAAUUAACGAGAACAAUAAAAGCAAAAAACAAAGAAGUAUUUACUGGAUUUCGUUCCUUGGAUUUUUCUCCUGUGGGGAUGGUUUUAGUGUAUUUUUAGACCUGCUGUGAUCCAGCUUAACCACAAUUGCUGUGCGCUUUUUGCUGCCGGAUUUGAGUGUUGCCUCCAUCGUCUUUUUCUCACAAUCAAGCGGGGCCAAAGAGGAUUUAACGAAGGAGUUACAUGCGCGUUUCUAUGGUAACGGUGCAUUUCCAGAGUCUUUGAAGGACUGAAGGUUAUCACUGAACAUCCAGCAGACUCAAAGCCCAAGAAUCUGUUUUGAGAGAUUACUUGAACAGUGGUCUGCAAUGAUCUGCAACUUGGCAGGCAUCUCGCCUGAGUCUCACACCAUCCACCAUCCCCUCCAGCUCCUGAUAACAAAGCUCGCUUCAACAAUGAGCAGUCAAACCAACGGUGGGGAGGAAGCAUCUCCUGCUCAGACCAAUCAGAAGUCAUUCUUGGAUGAAGUCAUUCUGACCUUCAGUUCACCGAUGGCCUGGCUGCUGGUUGUGGCUCUGAUCAUCACAUGGUCGGGAGUCGCCAUCGUUCUCUUUGAUCUGCUCGACUAUAAAACGCUGACAGAGUACACAUCAUACUGUGACGACCCCGUGUGUUUAUCUCCUGGUCUCCCUCCUCCUCCUGCCAUUGCCAAGAGGGGUAUGAAGGCUAGAGCUGGUUAUCGCCCAGUAAAAUCGAGCCCUGUUGGAGUCCCGGCCACUCAGGAGAGCACCGAUUGGUUGGAGAUGAUCUGGACUUUUGCGGCCAGUUUGGUAGCUCCUGAUGAGGAGGAGGAAGGUAUUCACCAGCUAACUGAAACCCUCACAUCUUUCCACUCUGAGGAGCUCUGAAUGAGAGGAGCGUGGAGAGAGGACAAGAAGUCUGAAGAACAAGGGAGAGGAAGGAGAGAGCAAAGAGAGACGAGUGUCUGAAGUAGAAGAGAGGAUGUAACAGAAGGAUGUAGGAUGUACAGUUUAUCACAGUUAUGUUUCUGUCUGUCUAUUGUUAAUUGGAAUUUGAUGAAUAAAAAACUGACAAUUCGA